GUCGAGUGCUUCUUCAAAGCCAUGCGUGCCGAUCAUGACAUGCCAACUAUGGUGGAGUAUGCUUAUAGACAAGCGCGCUGUGUGGAAUAUGACAUGCUCCGAAUUUACCAGAAGCAUUUUACAUACUUCACAGGGCCGAACUCGUUUUAUCCGGAGAAGAUUAUCUCGGGCGAUCCACCAAGUCUGAUGCAGAGGCCAUCCAAGAAAACGCAGACGAAAGAGGGGACUGGUGAUGAGACAGAAGACCGCAGACGUGCAGAGACCAUGCGGGAAUUUACACGGGAGUAUGGGAGAGGAGUGCGACAAGCAAAUGUCCGAGCUAAGACAAAAGAGCUGACAGGAACCCUUCCAUACUCACAGAGUAUGCUGCCUGACCGAAUCGAAACGGGCUCAGACGACGUGCUAGACUUCGUAAGUGAAGCUCGAUCAACGGUCACAGUAAAUGACACCGGUGGAAUUACCAGGGUGCAGGUCUUGUACUACAAAGACGACAUCGUCGCCGUCAGACACGAUCGCCGACGGGAGGCAUUUCCGUAUUGGCUCGCCGUUAUGAUGGAAGACGUUUUGGUCAUCGCUGCAACUGGACGAUUCCAGAAGAACAGCGUAACUUUCAGAUGGCUCGAUCAGACUGAUGACCAUUUAAAAUAUACCUUCCAGGAGGUAUGCAACGGCAAUUCCCUUAGAUGUCUGCUGGCAAUAGAAGAAAGCCUCACCAUUGAUGACAAGAUCGUAACCAUAACUCCCGAAGAAGACAUCAGACGUUCGAGAAUUGCGAACGGUGAUGAUUAGACGGUGGAGACACGGGAAGAUGAGAACGAAGAAAGAAAGUGGCUGACAAAUGGAGAGUCUUCUUCUACCCCCACAGAAGCAACAGAAGAGUCGUUUCCGGCGAGAGUGGAAGGGGUUAGUUUAUCAGGACGCAAAACAACGCGUUUCAUUUUACGAUAGUCGACAUCCUCGCCGUCAGACACGAUUGCCGACGGAAAGCAUCUCCGUAUUGGCUCGCCGUUAUGAGGGAAGACGUUCUGGUCAUCGCUGCAACUGGACGAUUCCAAAAGAACAGCGUAACUUUCAGAUGGCUCGAUCAGACUGAUGACCAUCUGAAAUAUACCUUCGGCGAGGUAUGCAACGGCAAUUCCCCAGAUCUCUGCUGGCAAAAGUAGAAAGCCUCACCAUUGAUGACCAGACCGCAACCAUAACUCCCGAAGAAGACAUAAUAAUAAUUCAAGUUUAUUCGCAUAUGACCUCUCGCCGUGUUUCGACUGAAUUACAGGUAGAGACACAAAGCUAUACUGCAGCAUUACAUUACAUUAAAGUACUUGUGCGUGACAAAGUCUCUUAGUCUGUUGGUGCGCGAAGACUGCAAGCUGGCCGAGCCCCUGCCUGAUCUUAAAGCGUAGGUUAUUGUCCUAGUAAUCGUUCCACAUCAGACACGGAAAGACACGGAAAGAUGAGAACGUAGAAGGAAAGUGGCUGGCUUCUUCUACCCCCACAGAAGCAACAGAAGAGUCGUUCCCGAGGAGAGUGGAAGGCGUUAGUUUAUCAGGACGCUAAACAACGCGUUUCAUUUUACGGUAGUGAUGUCUAAUUUAGUUAUUGUUAUAGGCUCGUGCCAAAAUACUUACCAUAGCUCUCCUAAACUCGCCCUGAUAUUCCACCAAAGCGGGCCACAAUGGCACGAUCAAACAAAAUACCAGAGCCUGAUAGUGUGUUUUGAUAUACAAAGAAGUAGGCAUAUUCUCAGCAACAUUUAUUGCCCGAUGAGUUAAUAAGGUUUCCUUGAUCUAUUAAAUUUGCAAUUUUUCGACUUAUAUCGAAGCAUAGUUAUCCACGUAACGCACAGACAAAAGAUACAGUAUGCUUUGAUAUGCAGUUUUGUUUUUUGAGAGUAAUAAAAAACUGUUUCUUUUAAAAUUUCUUGAUGUGGUCUACACAACGAGCGACACAACGCAAAACGUUUAUAAAUGGAAUCGAAAGGUAAAAACAAAACUUUACGGGCAUUAGAAAGAUUUAGAACAUAUAGGCACUGGAGGUAUUUAAAGUUUUGUAAAAAACCUGGAACACAAAAA